ACUCUUAAGAUAUAAAAGAUUUAAUUUUUUAAUACUAAUUUGUUAAUUGUAUUAAAAGUGUUAAUAGAUAUGGAUCUAUUUCAUUUAUUUUAGAAAUUGCUACUAACUCGUGCAUUAAUCAACAUCUUACAAUUUGGGUUAUAUCAAAAUGCAAAAAUAUAAAUCUUACUAUAAAUCCUCUUGAAGGUCUUGAUAAAAGUCUUUUGUACGAUCUUAAAAACUAUAUUUAUAGCCACAUAUUUUUUACUGAAAAAUGUAAAGUGAUGUAUGCUUAAUAUGAGCAUGUUUUGGAGCCUAAUAUUUUUUAUUAAUUCAAAAUCAAUGAAAAAAUUGAUUUAAUAAAGUAUUCAUGUGAAAAAAAUUCCACCAUUAUUUUAUUAAAUAAGCAAAUGGAUUUUUAUAUUGAAGAAAGGUUUUUAAGCUUUUUGGAAAUAAAUGAUCAUCCAUAAUUAAUUCAAAAUAACUAAAAGUACCCUUUAGAUAUGAAUAGAAUUUGCUUUUAUUUAAAUGAUUAAGAUCUAUAAAUAUACUUUGGCGAGAAUUCAAAUAAAUUGGAUCUGGAUUCAAAUAAUUUAAUAAAUUAAUUGAGAAUAAGCGGAAAGUAUUAUUAAUUAUAAGAAGAUUAAAAUAGAAAAAUAUGUUCAAAUAACAAGUUAAACAACUCUUUAAUAAUUGAAAAAUAAUAUUAUUACAUUUUCGCACAUGGGAAAGGAUUUAUUGAAUAUGAAUAUUUUUUUUUAGUUAAAAAUUACUAAUUGAAUGGAGCAUAUUUUGGGCAUAUUUGUUAUAAGAUUAAGUUGAACUAACAUCCUUUAUUAUUAAAAAAUGAAGACCAUGAAAAAAUGGAGUUAUUGAUAAACAUUUCUAAAAAAUGUUAAAUAGUUAAUUCAGAGAUGGGUGUAAUUUAAAUGGUCGAUUAAGUAAGAUAAGAAACAUCUUCUGCUCAUGGAGUUGAAAUUUAUGACUUAAAAAUUUCUUACUAUUUAGAAUUUUAGAAAUUUUUAAAUUUUGUAAAAACAUUUGUUGAGCCGUGUCAUUUUAAUACUAUAUUUAGAUAUGAUAUACAUAUUGGUGACAUUUUUAAAAUCUAAUUUCCAUAAGAAUUAAGAGAUAAAAGUUUUAUGAUUGUUUUUAAAGGUCUUAGAUUUAUUAAUAUUUUCAUUAAAAAUUCUAAAUAAAGGGAUUUUCUUAUGCCUCUUACAUUUUAUUUUUAGAAUUAUUUAUUGAUAGAAAGAGAAAUUUCUGAAAAGUACUGGAAAUAAGAUGAUGAUCUUUUGAUUAUUUAAGCUAAUAAUGAAAAAUAAUUAUAUAUAAAGAUGAACUACGUUGAUAAUUAUAUAUAUAUUUAAAACUAUAGCUUAGAUAAUAUUAUUAAAAUAAGUAAGGAUAGAUUAAUUUUUAGUAAUUAUACUAUUUAUAUAAAUUUAAUAUUUUAAACCAUAAAUAAUAUAGAAACUAAUUUAUCUUAUUAAAUGCAAGCUAUUAGUCAUAGAUACUAUAAAAUAAUUUUUGCAAUCAACGAUGAUAGAUAAAAAGAGCAAGAAGAAUUCAUAGAGAUAAGAACUUGUUGCUCUAUUGUUUAUGAAUUUCCUAUCACAAUAUACUUUAAAUAUCUUUUUGAGAAAGAAGACUCACUUUUAGAUAAUAGUUUUUUUGAGAACAUAAGGUAGGCGACCGAAGAAUUUAUUGUAUAUUGUUGGGGAAAUUCAAAGAGUUAAUAAUAUUACAGAUAUUUUGCUUUAUUUUAUGCAAGAAUUCAAAACAAUGAAGAUUUAACAAAAUUUUAUCAGCUAGAAAGAUAAGAUGUGAUGAAAACGUUUAAAUUUUCUUUAAAAUAACUUGAUAAAUCAAUAGAAAGAGAGUCAGAAAUAUGUUUAGCUUUACUUACAAAUAACUAGACUCAAGCUAUGAAUGCUCAUCAAAUAAUUUUAGAUGAUAAAAAGUAUGUUUAGGAAAUAAAUUUAGAAGAAACACUAUAUGAACACCUCUAUCUUUAGAAUUCUCAAAAUAAAAUUAUCAAAGUUAAUUUCAACAAUAUAUUUCUGAAUUGUUAUGUUAAUUAUUAAUAAUGUCUUGAAAGUUUCCAAUAUUAUACAAGCGAAGCCGUCUCUGAAAUAUAAUUUCAAAGAAGGAUUUCUUAUAAUAAUCAAUAAUUGUCUACAAAAAUCUAAAUUACAGUCAUAAAUUAAAAAAUCAAGAUGGGUUAACUAGGAACAAGUUUUAAUUUGAUAUCUUAUGAAUGGAUUGUUUUUGAACUGGAAUUAAUGACAGACUACUAGCUUGUAUCCUAAGAUUAAAAUGAUUAAUUUUAGUUUGAUUAUGAGUUAUCUAACUUUUAAAUUUCUUAAGAAAAAUGUAUUUCUUAAAAAUAAAUUCCAAAUGAUGGCUUAACAAGUUUAUUGACAUAAAAAAAUAAUUUCUUCAAUAGUUAAGAAUUUAAUUUCAUUUAUGUUAAAGCAGGAUAGAAUUAAAAUAGCUAGAAAAUCUAAUUUAGGCUUAAAUAUUUUAGUAAACUUAGUAUAAUAAAUACAGAAACUGUAGAAAUUCAUUAGCAAACAUUAUCGUAAUAUUUAUUUGAUAUAAAAUAUUCAAGGAAAAUAUUUAAGAUAAUGAAUUAUGGUUAUCUUUCAUUUAAAAUAUCUAAGUGCUAAAUAAAUUAAAAAAAUAUUAAAUACAAACCAACGAGUAGAGAUUAAGAUGAUAUUUUAAAAAUUAAGAAUUAUAUUUAAAAUGACUAUUUAUUUAUUUAUCCUGAAAUUUGUUCCCAAAAAAAUUAAGAUGAAUUCGCUCAUUAAGACUAAAAUUGUUUAUAAAUAAAUUAAAAUAAAUAAUUUUUAUACCAAAAUGCUACUGGAACUAUUGAAGAAAUUAUUACAAUUAAAUUGCAGCUAAAUUAAAUAUUUAAUAUUUAAUUAAAUUCUGAAAAUAAAUUUACUAUUUUAGAAUUAGAAAAUUAUUAAGAUUAUUAUUUGUACUUGGAAUAUAAAACUAUUAAUCACAGUCCAGUUAAUUUUGAACUUAGAUAUUUAAAUAAUAGAACUUUUUUAUAGAGCUUUUAUUUUAAGUAAUAUCAAGAAAUUUAAAUACUUUAAUUGUAAAAUCUGAAAUAUCUUGAAAUUCAUAACUAAAAAUAAAAUUCAACUUUUAAUUUAAUUCUUAUUAUUUCUGAAAAGCCUUUUUAUUAUACAAAUAUUUAUCUGAAUGCAAUAAAAUUAUAGCUGAAAAAAGGACAAUAGUAACUACUCUUAAGUAAAUUCGUUGAUGAAAAAUUAAUAAUUUAUUUAUCAUAUGAAUAAAAUGUAAUAUGGUAAAAAGAAAUGUUAGAAUUAAAGUCUCCUGAAAAUAUAUUUAUUUUUAAUAAUUAAUUUAAUUACACAAUAAAGGAGAUUAAUUCUAGUGGUUCCUUAAACAAAUAAUUUUACUAUUUAGAAGUUUAUGAUUUCGAUGUAUAAAUAUAGAUUAAAAAGAAAUAAUAUUUCAUUUAAAACACUCCCUAUGAUGAAUAAGUUACCUCUAUAUAAUAGUUUUCUUAAUCUUAAAUUAAUUCAUUUUCAUUUAAAAUUAAUCCUUCGUAAUUCAAGAUAUUUAAAAUAUUAGAUAUCUUAAAGCUACAAACCCAGUAAAUUUAUUUUGUUUUUGCAAGAAACCAUUUUUUGUUGAAAUCGGAAUACCUAAAUGGAAUUAAUGAUAUUGAUCUGCAGUAAAGUUUGAUUAUUUUUAAAGGACACAUUUAGGAAUAAAAGCAAGUUGAUGAAGAAUAUGUGAUUAACACUUUUUUCUAUUUUAGUUCCUUAUAAAGUCUCUAAAAUUAGGAUAGUGAACAUUUAUAUUUUAGAAUAUAUCUUUGUAUGAAUAAUUCGAAUUUAUUAUUACCUUUUAGCUAAAUAUUUAGUUAGUCUAUAAGCUCAGAAAAGUAGAAAAUAGUUAAAAAUUUCUAAUUACAAUUUUUGAUUGUUUUAGUCAUUUUUCUUAUUAUUUCAAUUUUAGCUUUAAUAUUUUACUUCAGAUUUAAAAAAUUGUAGAGUUAUGAUUAUAUUAAGAAAUACAUAUGA